GGACAUUUUUAGUCAGCUGUUUAUUGUAUAUUGGCGGGCGCCGGCCGUUCUUGUUUAAUUAAUUGUUUAUUUUUCUAAUCAGCAAUGCACGCUUUUUUAAAAACCGGAAAAUUGGGUCCUGGAGAGGUGAAAAAACCUUCGACAUCUCGCACAAAAGAACGUGGUGGUCCAUCGCCUCCUUGGGUUGAAAAAUAUCGUCCUAAAACUGUAGACGACGUAGUCGAACAGGCAGAAGUCGUCCAGGUUCUUCGUCAAUGUUUAGCUGGAGGUGAUUUUCCAAAUUUACUACUUUACGGUCCACCGGGAACGGGAAAAACGAGUACAAUUUUGGCAGCUGCCCGACAACUUUUUGGCGAUAUGUACAAAGACAGAAUUUUGGAGUUGAACGCCUCUGAUGAACGUGGUAUUCAAGUGAUUCGCGAUAAAGUCAAAACAUUCGCACAACGCACAGCCAGCAGUGUAAGAAAUGACGGAAAGGCGUGUCCACCUUUUAAAAUAAUAAUUCUGGACGAGGCGGACAGUAUGACUGUUGCUGCUCAAUCGGCCCUACGUCGAACAAUGGAAAAAGAAUCUCACAGUACACGUUUCUGUUUGAUUUGCAAUUACGUUUCACGUAUUAUUGAACCAUUAACGUCACGUUGUACAAAAUUCAGAUUCAAAUCUUUGGGCGAGGAGAAAAUUAUCGAGAGAUUGGAAUUUAUUUGCGGUGAGGAGGAUUUGAAAGCUGAAAAAGCAGUUCUCGUUAAAUUAGUUGAAGCUUCCGGUGGAGAUUUAAGAAGGGCAAUCACUUCAUUGCAAUCGGUUAUGAGACUCAAGGGAAAGGGUGUCGAUGUCACUAUUGAUGAUGUUUUGGAAGUCACUGGAGUUGUUCCCGAUUACUGGUUGCAUGAUUUAAUGGAAGUCUGUAAAGAUCAAAAUUAUACCAAAACAGAAGAGUUUAUCGAAAAAUUUAUGAUGGAAGCUUAUUCAACAACUCAGGUGAUAGAUCAAUUGAAUGAAAGGAUUAUUUACUCGAAUCAUUUAACGGACAAACAAAAGGCCCAUAUUGGCGAUAGACUUGGGGAAUGUAGCUACAGAUUGCUGGAUGGAGGCAGCGAAUAUGUACAAUUAAUAACUUUAUGCUGCGGUAUUAUGCAAGCAUACGAAAUGUCAUAAAAACCGCCCACCAUUUAAAUUGAUAAUUUUUCCUUUGUACAGUUUCUAAUUCAAUUAUAUUUUCUAUAUUUUUUUAUAUAUAUAACGCAACGGAAUAAAAAACAUUUUUUCUAAAACAAAAAAAA